AUGGCGUCGAAACUCUUCCCCGUUUCGCGGGCCAGCCGGCUGCUGCGCCAGACUCCAUUCACUCCAUUCAGAUCAUUUUCCGCCGCCCCUCAACGGUACAGCGAUUCCCUGACGGUCCACCGUAACUCCCCUUCCAACAACCCGACCAUUCCGUUCCAGUUCACCACGCAGAACCUCACUCUUGCCGAUGAGAUCCUCAAGCGCUACCCACCACAGUACAAGAAGGCGGCUGUUAUGCCCCUCCUUGAUCUCGGUCAGCGCCAGCACGGCUACACCAGCAUUAGCGUCAUGAACGAGGUUGCUCGCAUGCUUGAGAUGCCUCCCAUGCGUGUUUACGAGGUCGCUACCUUCUACACCAUGUACAACCGCGAUCCCGUCGGCAAGUACUUCUUGCAGAUCUGCACUACCACCCCCUGCCAGCUUGGUGGUUGUGGCUCCGACUCCAUUGUUAAGGCCAUCAACGAGCACCUCGGUAUCACCCCUGGUCACACCACCGAGGACGGUCUCUUCACCUACAUCGAGGUUGAGUGUCUAGGAGCCUGUGUCAACGCCCCCAUGGUCCAGAUCAACGAUGACUACUACGAGGAUCUGACCCCAGAGUCUAUCAAGACCCUUCUCACCGCGUUCAAGGAAUCGGCCACUGCUACCGGUGCUGCCGCCUCCACCAAGGUUCCUGCCCCUGGCCCGCUGAGCGGACGCGACACCUGUGAAAACAGCGCCGGUCUGACCAACCUCAAGGAGGUUGUGUGGAACCCCGAGACUAUGAUGCGCCAGGACGGUGCCUUGGAUGCCCAGCCCCAGCAAUAA